AUGUCGAUUAAUCAAUCACAUUAUCAAGGUGGCGUUGUUUUAUUUCAAGGUGAAAUGAUUGUGUACUGUUCAAAAGAUAUUAAACUUAAAUUUAAAGGCGGACCUCCAAUUAUGAGUGCCAAAGAGCAUAAAGGAACAUUAUUUGUUACAACUCAUCGAGUAUGGUCUUCUACAAUUGUUAUUAAUCACGGAGAUUUGCAGCUUAAUCAACCCAUUCUUGGAGCAAAUAAUAUAGCUGGAAGUGUAAAUGCCCAUCCCAAUGUUCGUACCUGGUCUCCACCUUAUCAAAUGCCACCCACAGAUUUCUACGAACCUCCACCUCCAAGUUAUGAACGAGCAGUAGCUAAUAAUAAUUUUGCUGAAACGAACAUAUUUACCACGCCAGUUCAGACUCCGUAUUCUGGUCCUUUUCAGUUUCAAUCCCCGAAAUUUAUUCCACAAUAUCAUCAACCGUCAGUACCGUCAUCCAAUUCUUCAUCACAGCCAGACAUCUGCUAUCCUCCAUCAUAUUCAGUCUUACAAAGUUGCUAUUCUAAUACACAAUCAUCUAUGCCAAAUCAAAACGGUACGUCAGCCGUAUAUUCUAACUUGAACCAAACCCAAGGCGUCCAAACGACAUAUCAAAACAAUUAUAAUCCAAAUCAGAUCUAUGUUCCUCAAGUACAAGAUUAUCGUCAACCACCAUCCUAUGAACAGUUAAUUCAAAAAAAGCAAGGAUAA